AUGGAGCGGAUCGCUACGCUUUUAGAGGAGAUGGAGGAUGGAGAUUUGCUACUAUACGCGGACGCCGAUAGCACCACAAACGGGGAUUUAUCCGCGUUAUACGGCCUUGCAGCUGGUAACGGGGAAAGCUAUGCUCCUGGCGGGAUAGUGGAUGGAAUUGUGUCGAGGAUGGCGUUACACGAUGGGGAUGGCUCAGACGGCGGCGUAAAAGACAUCAUGAAAUGGGCUUUAAGACAACAAGAGGUUCAUUUAUUUCAAUUUCCACGCAAUUUCGUGGAAGUUUGCUGGACAAAAAUGGACGCUUUUCUUCUGCUCAAUUGCACUGAUGAGAGCAUCUGCAUGAUAUCCGCCCAGGCGGAUGCAGGUUUCUCCGUGUGGCGGCGUGGGCGGCAGUCAAUCCAGUUCGCCGCCCAGUGGCUGGGGUACAUGGAGGACCCGCGCGUGUCAACGGACCUGCCGAACCAGCUGGUCACCACUGGACCAUUGGCUGAGGAGGAGGCAGAGGCUGAUGCUGCCAAGAAGGCAGCAGAAGAGGCGGCAGGAAAGUCAUUGAAUAAGAGCAGGAUGAACAGAAGAGCAAGAUGA